AUGGUUCCCCCGACCGAUGGCAAGACGAGACACGUCGUCAUUGUUGGCGGAGGUGCCGCCGGCAUGUCCUGCGCCGCGACUCUGGCUAAUCAUCCUAGUAAAUUCAAGGUGACCUUGCUGGAGAGGAGCGACGUUGUGGGCGGACAGGCAACCUCGAUCCCGCUGAGCGAGCAGCAGUUCGGUGCACCGUGGAUGAACAACGGCGUCCAAGGCGGGUCGCAGAUCUUCAAGCACACCUUCAACUUCUUCCGCCUACAGGGCUACCCGCCCCAGGAGGUCCAGCUGCAGGUUGCCUUUGGCAAGGGCGAGACGGGCUUCUGGACAAACGUCUUCCCCAGCAAGCUCGUGCGGCGCUACUCAAACGAUGUCAACAAGUUUGGUUUCUUCCUCAAGGUGAUUAAAUGGACCAUGCCCGUCCUGGGCCUCGUGCCCAUAUCUAUCAUGCUGCGCCUCUUCUUCUUCAGUAAGGACUUCGGCGACAAAAUGGUAUACCCCCUCAUCGCUCUCUUCCUGGGCACCGGCAACCAGACUCCUCAUGUCCCCUCGGCUAUUGUCGAGCGCCUCUUUAACGACCCCAACAUGAAGCUCUGGGACUACGACCCCGUCACCCUCUUGCCCAACCUGCCCUCAAUGUUCACCUUUGAUCACCUCCAUGAGUUCUAUCGCACGUGGAGGCAGCAUUUGGAGAGCAAGGGGGUCACCAUCCGAACCGACACAGAGGUAUCGGAAGUGCUGUCAAGAUCAGACGAAGGAGUCAAGCUCUGUGUCAAGGAUAUUACCACGAGCACCGCAACGGAAGAAGAUUAUGAGGAAAUGGUCAUGUGUACACUGGCUGACGACAGCCUCCGGAUCCUGGGGAAGCAAGCUACAUGGCGCGAGAAGCUGGUUCUGGGCGGUGCCGUCUUCUACGAUGAUAUUACCGUUACCCACACGGACCAGAAAUACUUCGAGAAACAAUACGAGACGGCCUUCAAGCCUGACCUCUGCGCAGAGCCAACAUCGGACUUUCAAAAGCAGCAGAUUGCCUUCGCCAAGGCUGAAGACGCGGGAAGCGGGGGCUCGUCUGGCGGCUUCCGGCCCAUGUACUUUACGUUCUCGUACGAGCACGACCCGCGACUGAUCGAGAUGUCAUUCAACUGCAGCAACUACCAGCACCAGCUGAAGAGGGCCAACUCGAACGCCGCUGAAAGCUUCGAGCCAGUCUAUCAGACAAUAUUCCUCGACAACAACCUGAGGCACUUGUGGACAAUCGACGAGAUUGACGAGACCAAAAUCAUCAAGAAGAACUGGUGGCACCAGCUUGGACAUAGAUGGCAGCACUACAUUCGCGUCGUCCCUGGCAUGAUGUUUUUGAACGGGAAAAACCGCACCUCUUUUGCAGGAUCUUGGACCCUCGUUAACAUGCACGAGCUGGCCUGUGUCAGUGGUAUUGCGGCCGCGUACCGUCUGGGCGCCGACUACGUUAAGCUCGACGACUUUGCCCAAGAUUUCUUUGCCAAAUAUCUCCUGCUCUCGCAUGGCAAGGUGUUCUCCCGGGAGGAACGGCGGCGGCAUGGAUCCAAAGCCGCCAAAUGA